AUGCGUGACAACCAAACAUCCGCGGCGCGGACCCCAGCUGAGCCAGGGCUGGAAAGGGCGAGAGGAGGGAGAAAGCACAAGGCCAGGCGCCAGGGCCAAGCCAAGAAGAAGCGCUCGGGCCCGCUCAACCUUGAGCUCGUUGCUUCGGAAAGCUCAUCCGAACGCAGGCCAGGGCAGACAGAUGCUCAGCCGCAGCCUUGGGCGUCGAAAGGAGAGCUUACACCUGAGCUAAGUUAUGCUUCGGCUGGCUCGAUCGUCAUGCCCUCCCCAGCAGUCACUGGUAUCGGUCUGUUUCCGACUGCCGUCUUCUGCGUCUUUCACAAGCCCCGUAAAGCACAAAGAGCUGCACCUUCAGCUUUCCACUUUUCGGCAGCCACUGCAACCACCACACCCGCUCUGUUCGCAGUCAUCGGCCCAUCCGAGCACGCAGCUUCCUCGACCUCGGCGUCGUCGGUGACCCUCUCCCGAAUCUUGGCUGAUCUGACAUCAAGGUCAACCGAUACCCCCGAUCUCAUCACGCCUUCGAUCUAA